GCGCCACUGUUUUAUGUUUUUGCCUGCUAAGUCUCGGUGCGGAGUCGGCAGCUGACUUUAUAAUUUCAAUUUUGCCUCCCGUGAGCAUGCUGAGUUAAGUUUUCAAGGCUGAUCAGUUAAAAAGCCCCUUUGCCGAUUGUUUCGGCCCUUUCGUCGGCACUGGGAAGGACCAUAACCGGCAAAAUGUCGCACUCAAAACCGUCCGGCCUCAGUAACCUCUUUACCUACAAAACUUUGGUCCAUGCCAUCGCAGGAGCUACGGGUAGCGUUGUGGCUAUGGCCACCUUCUACCCUUUGGACACCGUGAGAUCGCGUCUGCAAUUGGAGGAGAAACGAGAGUCAAAGAACACGGUCGAGGUGAUCAAGGAGCUUGUCAACGAUGAAGGAUUCCUCACCUUGUACCGCGGAAUGGUUCCUGUUUUGAAGAGUCUGUGCUGUUCCAACUUUGUCUACUUCUACACUUUCCACGGAUUCAAGUCAAUGCGAGCCAAGUCGUCACAGCAAAGUGCAGGCCGAGACCUAAUGCUUGCUGCUCUUGCAGGAGUCGUAAAUGUGUUUGUCACAACCCCACUCUGGGUGGUGAACACCAAGCUGAAGAUGAAGGGUAUCGGUGCUGGCAGCGGUGGGCAUGGCGGGGCAGAAGUGCCUUUUGACGGACUGAUUGAUGGUCUGAGUUACAUUGCGCGCACGGAGGGCGUGCUGGCCCUGUGGAAGGGAACAAUGCCCUCGCUGAUCCUGGUGACGAAUCCAUCGCUGCAGUUUAUGGCAUAUGAGUCCAUUAAGAGGCGCCUGAUGGCUGGCAAGGAAGUGGGCGCGCAGCUUGGCUCUCUAACAGUCUUUUUGGUCGGUGCUAUGGCCAAGGCAAUCGCCACUGUCGCCACCUAUCCACUACAGAUUGUCCAGGCGAAACUCAGGCAUGGACACAACUAUCCAAACUUGAGGAAAAAUGCGAACAUGUUUGAGCUCUUUAUCUACAUCAUCAAGAUUCACGGUGUGAAAGGACUGUUCAAGGGCAUGGAAGCGAAAAUUCUGCAGACGAUUUCGACCGCGGCGCUCAUGUUUGUGGCUUACGAGAAAAUCGCAGCUGUUGUAUUCCAGAUUCUACUCAUGCAGAAAAAAUCGCAGUAAAACGCUGCCACUGCGAUGAUGUGUUGCUUCAUUAGCCAGCCGCAUUUUUCUUCCAGGAUGCAUUCUUUAAGAUCAGUAUUCUUUGCUGGUUAAUGCAAGUGGCGCGCUGAUGUUUGAUAUUGUUUGCUAAUUUAAGGUUGUCCGCGCCAAUCUUGCCAAAGAGCACACACUAUUAUUAAUACGAAAUUUGUUACGUUAUACUGUGAUGUUAGAAUUCCUUCUCUUUGGACAACUUUUUGUUAAUUGCUCAUAAUUUUUAUUGUUAUAUUCCUAGGGAAUUAAAAACCAGUUAUUUAGA